UCCAACUCGUCACAGAAUGGAAGGCGUCUUCUUCCUGCUGGCGCUGGUCGUCUGCGUCCACGGGACGUCUCAUUUGUCCUUUUCCAAUGACACAUCAGAGGUGAUAGUCACUCGCUCCGGCUGCGGAGUCAAGAAGUCGUGCGUGUCGAGCCCAAGCGGCUGCGACCCCGCCGAGCAGAGCGAGUGCCUGUUCGCCUCCACCGCGGCGCGCGACCUGGCGCCGCCCGCCGCCGGGGUCAAGCUGGCGGUCGAGCUCCGGGGAGACUCCGCCGGGUACAUCGCGCUGGGCCUCGCUGCCGACGCCACGGAGGGAAACGUUGCGCUGUUCGUCUGCGCCUCAAACAACGGGACGUUCUUCUUCAGGACGCUGCAGGGCAACAACACCCCCAACGCGCCGCUCACGCCCACGGAGACGAGGGUGAAAGGAAUCCGCGGCACUGUGAGUGGAAAUGUGAUCAAGUGCCAGUUCACCGUGGAGUCCCUGAACGCAGCGUCCCUGAACGCAGCCCAAAGCCGGAGCAGCCGGGCCACCACCUUCUUCGUCCGCCUCGGGAAUGGCACCGUUACCGGAGAUGCUGUCGGUGUCUUCAGCACCGUCCUGGACCUCGGCGCUCUGGACCUGGCCGCCGCCCCCUCAGAGACCACCACCGUGACGACCACCACCGUGACGCCCGGCGGCGCGACCACCACCGUGACCACCAACUCUACCGGCAACAACUCCCCCACGACCGACGGCGGUGGAGCCGUCCGGCCUCACGCUGCGCUGCUGCUGCUGAGCGUGCUCACGCUGUCGGUGCUGAUGAGAGGAUGAACGAUAUGAAGAAGUGUCACGCUAUGUAGAAAUGUUCUGACUGCACUUCAUGUUUUAACUCUUUUCACUUGGUUUAUCCUUCAAGCUGAAACACAUAUUUAUUUAGUGACUAUAAUUACUACUUUCAGAGGACUUUAUUUAGCAUAUUGCAGUUUUUACAUUGUCAACAUUUCCUCCUGAACUCCUUCUGGUUUGAUGAAGUUGAGCCGUUUCCAUGGCAACCAACAUCCUGAUAGGGGAAACCCCAAAUGUGUGAUAGUGUUUGAGUCUGAAAUGUAAUGACUGUAAAAUAUCUGUUCAUGAGACUAUAUAUAUAUAUAUAUAAAUAUACAUAUAAAUAUAUAAUAAAGUUGAAACUGUA